UAUAAAUACGACUAUUUUUGCUGUGUUACAACAUUGCGCCGCUGUUUCAUAAAGUUAACAAAAGGUUCAACAGUCUAGUAGCGAAAUGAAGAUCUUAGUUGUUCUAGCAGCUGUCUUGUGCGUGGCUAUUGCCACUCCUCCGUACGGAGGAGGUGGUUAUGGUGGUGGCUAUCGGUACGGCGGCAUUCGCGGUCCACACGGCGGAGUGAUAAUUGGUGGCGCCUACGGAGGUUAUGGGCCAUACGGUGGCUUUAGAGGAGGACGUGGUUUCUAUAUGGGAUAUCCUGGCUACGGCGGCAUUUAUGGCGGUGGAAUGUAUGGUGGCUAUCCACACGGUGGUGGCUAUUACGGCGGCGGCGGAUAUGGCGGCGGGAUGUACGGAGGUUAUGGAGGUUAUCGUGGCGGGAUGUACGGAGGUUAUGGCGGUUAUGGUGGCGGGAUGUACGGAGGUUAUGGCGGAGGUUAUGGCGGUUAUCGAAAAGGAUACUAUUGAUGAAAGGCUCUAACACAUACCAAUUAUUUGCGAUGACGUACAGACUAGUUUACAUAUUUAUUGCGGGUCCCGACCACGUGCUUUCUUUUCAAGAUCACUCCUAUUUAUAUUAUUAGAAUAGAAUAAAGCAUUCCAAAAAUCAA